AAAGAUAAGUAUGUUCCUCUAACACUCAAGUAGUCUCUAUCCACCUGCCUUAUAAGAUGACAAGAUGCCUGUGGAUUCUCUUCCAAACAGUAUUUUGGCCCACAUGUUAGCCAUUAGCAAUGUGCCUCCUCCUCCACUUCACAGUUUGCCACGCCUGAGACUGAGCAAAACCAUUAAUUAUGGUCAGCUGAAUGCCUUAUGCCACAUUAGAGGACUAAAGAGCGACCAGCAUUCUUCCCUUCGUUCGGAAGCUCAUGAUGCUUUCAUCAAGCAAUAUCCUCAAAUAUUCCUGCGUGAAAAGACAGUGUUGCCUAAAGUUUCUCACCAGGUUGACAAAAGAAAAUCUGCUCUAAAGCUAGCAGAAAAGAAACACCAACCUGUUAUGGCACACAACAUAUCUGCCUAUCUUAGAGAAGCUCGUGGUGGCCCUUCUAUUGAUGAAAAAGAAAUAACUGAAGAAAAGUUCCAGGAGUUCUUAAAUAUCUUAAAGAAGCUGCCAGUUUAUAGAACAACACAUGAGCAUAACAUGGUGUGGAAGAUUUUGCAGAGUAUUCCAGAGUUAACCUCUCAAUUUAGCAAUGAGGAUCUGAAAAUCCUGAGUAAGAAAGUGAUAUCUGAAACCUGGAUCAAAGGUAGCACAGUGAUUGGUGAUGAUGGACUUUAUGUCUUACUGACGGGCCAGGCUCGACGUCGUGUAAAGGUGUUUAGAAGUCUGAUCGAAGAAAAUGACUCAAUCAUCACUUCACUCUACAGGGAUAGUUUUCUUUUUGAUGCAGAGUUACAAGAUUCUACAGUGGCUCAGCUGUAUGUACCUUCAAAGAAAUUAAUAGUGAAACAGUGGGGUAUCUUUGGAUCACUGAAAGACAGAGCUGAAAUGGAUGAACGUGACCGUUCAGUUGUGACAGAUUAUGACUGUGAAAUCCUGAAAAUAGCUGCAAAGGAGUAUGAGAAGUUAAAAUUGGAAAAAGUAAAGCAUGAAAAUGCACAAAAGUUGAAAUUAAUCCGCAAGUGUCCUUUUUAUGAAACCUGGCCUACUUUAUCCAUAUGGGAGCUAGUUUCAAUUUGUAAAUUCAAAAAUUUUCCUCCAGGACAUGUGUUAGUAGAAAGUGGAACUGUCAUUUCAUUUGUGGGUUAUAUCAACUCUGGAUAUUGUAACAUUUACAGAAAUGUUGUUGGACUUGUGGACCUACCAAUAAACAAAGUGAAAAAAAUUAAAAAACUUGUUUAUAUGGGUAAACUUAAGGAGAAGGAGUCCUUUGGUGAGAUCAGUAUUCUUCUUCAAGCUCCCUUCACAUGCACAGUUAUUACUGGACAAGAAGUUGAGAUGGCAGUUAUUGAAGAUAAGGACAUACAGGGUAAAUCACUAGAUCCUGUGACCAAGGAACUUAUGAUUCAAACUGCAAAACCAACUUUUGGGCAUCUGACAGAAGAAGACGUAAAAAGUGAAUACAUAAAGAGUGUACAAGCAAAAGAAUGGAAAUAUUUCAAGAAUAAGACAAUUCAAAGAAUCUUGCAUAGUAACGGAGUUCUUCCUGGCUUUGGAAGAUGGGAACAUUAUUGGCCAACGUUCCCUAAGAAUCUCAAGAAACCUCUUAUCAGUUACUCAUGAUACAAGUCUUUUUAGAGUCCAUCUUUAGUAUCAAA